AUGUGUGGCCGAUACUCACUAGCACUUCCUCCCUCUUUAAUUCGCCAGCUGCUGGAAGAUGAUGGCGUUCCAAUAACAGAUGUUCCUGAUGACGAGGGCUUUGAGGCUCCCCAUCAGUCAUAUAACUUUGCUCCUGGGUCUAACGGCGUUGUCUGUACGGCUGAUACUCCCCACCGCGAUUCGCGGUCCAGAUGCAAUGACUCUCGCAUCACUGAAGGUGAAAUCCCUAGCGGAGAAAAAAACGACCCGGAGGAAGUCAAAUACAAACUUCAAGUAAUGAAAUGGGGAAUUGUGCCUUCAUGGUCGAGAAAGAACACUACCCCUACCCCGAAGGCCAUAAACUGUAGAGAUGAUUCCCUGAGGACGCCUGGUGGUAUGUGGCAGACCAUGAAAACCCGCAAAAGAUGUAUCGUUGUAGCUCAGGGAUUCUUUGAAUGGCUUCAUGUGAGCCCCAAGGAAAAAGUUCCACAUUUUGUAAAGAGAAGAGAUGGCCGCUUGAUGUGUUUUGCCGGCCUCUGGGACGCUAUUCAGCACGAAGCCACUGGAGACAAAAGCUAUACUUAUUCAAUAAUUACAACCAGCUCAAACCAACAGCUCCGAUUUCUGCAUAAUCGCAUGCCGGUUAUCUUUGAUGCUGACUCCAAGGACUUUCGAGAAUGGCAAAAUCCACUACAGACUCGAUGGACCUAUGAUCUACAGUCUUCACUCAAGCCUUAUGAAGGAGAACUAGAGGUGUACCCAGUAUGCAAGGAUGUUGGAAAAGUUGGCCGCAGCUCGCCAUCUUUCAUCAUACCGUUGAGUAAAAAAGACAACGAGCGUGAUAUAUCGCGCUUUUUCCCCGGCAUCUCUCAGAAGUCUCAGUCAGAAGGAUCAGACAAGGUAGGGAAACAUGAAAAUGACGGUGAUCAAGAAGCGAGCAUUUCCAACGCGGAGCCCAGUUCCAUUGGGAGAGCAGAUGCCCACAAGAAGCACAAGAUUUCCAGCGGUUACAGUCCUCCACCAAAGAGGAGGCAAGUUCAGCCAGGCCCACCAGGAGUCAAAAAAAUAACAGAUUUCUUCGGUUGA